GGAACGAGUUGGCGUCUGUCCCUUGUACCGAGAGAACAGACCGGACAACUAAGAGAGAUCUUGUUAGGGAUGAAGAAGCUGGCCAGAACAUUCAGAAAGUCUGAGGACGAUGACCUCUCUCUUCCUACUCGGGACGACCCGGCUCCCAUGGACUCCCAAGAACAAGAGGAAUUGGUUCGAUCCUUCGAAAGGAACCAAGCUCAACAAAGUCGUUUCUGGAGGGUUUUUUUUGCAUCACUUCUCUUCUGCUUCGCUGCGUUUCUUAUGUACUCAAUCUUUCAGCAGGUUUCGUAUCCAUGGGAACUGCGUUAUCAUGCUUACUUCAUGGAGGAGGUGCACUCAUGGAUAAUUAUAUCUGCAGAUUGGCUAGCUGUGGUAGCAUGUUCAUCAGCAAUAAUAGGAUUAGUUCAUGAUUCAAAGCAUCACCGGCGAUGGAUUUGGUACUCAUUCCUUACUGGCAUUGUACUCGCAGUUUUCUGGCUGUAUUACAUGUUCCGAUUGCCAAGAUUCCGCUGGGAUGUAAUCUGGCUGCCGUUUGGACCUAUAAGUGGAGCUGGACUCUGUCUCUAUGUGGAUCAUCUGCUAAUGGAGUCAUCAGAAGAGAUAAGAAAACUUCGAGGCUAUAUGUAUUCUUACAAAGCCAGAUGAACAUCGUUUUGGUUAUCUUUGACAUUCAUACGGGGUAGAUAGCACAUAGACAUGUAGUAGACUUUGAUUUUGGAUCUGGUGCAGGAAAUAGAAGCAAAGAUGGACGUGCUAUCACUACGGAGGGAAAUGGUCACCCUUCCAUUGAACCUCUGUAGUUGCUCUGCACUUGGCAUGUAGUAUGUAACAGAUAGCAAAUCUCAAUUUAAAUGCUUUCUCUGCUCA